CUUGACCUUUGUUUGUGCAUUGCUUAACCAACGUUGAUUAUUCGGUCUGAACCCUCUAGCCCCUAUUUUCACUAAUCAAUUGUCUGAAACCAUGUUCUUCUUCCAAGUCCUACACAAGAACUUUCAAAUUCUGGACCAAGAUUGCCAUUACACAUGCACAAGUGAUUUUGUCUUUGUGGGCUAAUUUAGCUUCCAUUAAUAUCCCAUUUCUUCAACAAACCUCUUGCUCUGGCCUUGGAGACAAUGAGAAAUUGGCACAAAAAUUGUCCAAUAUCAGUUGCCAAUGCCAAGCUUAUUAGUUCCUUUUUGCAGUUGGGCUAUUUAUUUCGUUUUCUCUUCUUUCUCGUUGGUUUGUCACUUGGCUUCACUGUCUGCGUGUAUUUGAAAAGCAUCUCCUUUGAUUUCUACGCUACUUUGUUCUCUCUUUCACCAUCCCCACCAACACAACUGCCGCCGCCUCCUCCUCCUCCUAGUAAUAUGAGUAGCUUAUUCAUAUCAAGAACUAAACUUCCUGUUAGUCUUAUGCAUAAUAUGGAAGAUGAUGAGUUGUUUUGGCGAGCGUCUAUGGUUCCGAGGAUUCGGAGGAUUCCUCAAAAACUUGUUCCUAAGUCUAAAGUUGCUUUCAUGUUCUUGACGAAGGGAGCUUUGCCUUUGGCUUCGUUGUGGGAAGAGUUUUUUAAAGGACAUGAAGGGCUUUACAAUAUAUAUGUUCAUCCUCAUCCCUCUUUCAACUAUACUUUCCCGGAAACCUCUGUUUUCCAUGAAAGGAGAAUUCCAAGCAAGCCUGUGGAAUGGGGAAGAGCAUCCAUGAUUGACGCAGAGAGGAGACUUUUAGCGAACGCACUCCUUGACUUAUCAAACGACAGAUUUGUACUUAUCUCAGAAACAUGCAUUCCUUUAUUCAACUUCUCAACAACAUACAACUACCUCAUCAAUGCUCGAAAAAGCUUCGUGGGUUCCUACGACGAUCCAAGAAAAGUGGGUCGGGGCCGAUACAAUCCGAAAAUGUCUCCAACAAUCACAAUUUCUAACUGGCGUAAAGGGUCUCAGUGGUUUGAAGUUAAUCGCAAGGUGGCCAUUGAAAUAGUUUCAGACACAACGUAUUAUCCAGUUUUUCGACAGCAUUGUAGCCCUCCAUGUUACGUGGACGAGCAUUAUAUUCCUACACUUGUUAACAUUGUUUGUCCAGAGGAAAAUAACAACAGGAGCAUUACUUGGGUUGAUUGGUCGAAGAGUGGUCCUCAUCCUGGAAAAUUUGGGAAGAAAUCUGUUUCCGUUGAGUUCUUGGAUCGAAUUAGGUUUCGUGGUAAUUGUUCUUACAAUGGGAAUGCUUCCUCUGUCUGCUUCCUGUUUGCUAGGAAGUUCUUGCCUGAUACUUUGGAGAUUUUGUUGCAGAUUGCACCAGGGCUGCCACAUUUCAAUCAUUCUUAUUCAGCUUCUUCUACCAAUGUAUAGUAUUUAUUUGAAUUUGAUUCUAAUUGAUGUUUGAAUUCAAAAUUAACUAAUUAAUUUCUUCCAAAU